GUAAAUGGCACAUUGAGACGAGAUUGACAUGUUAAAAGGUAUGCGUUAUACUGUGUUAACGUAUUACUAUGAUGAUAAGUUCACAGUAUGAAGAUCCAAAAACGUCAGAUUAAAAUUCUAAUCUUCGUGGGUAUUAUAUCAGUUAUAUUGUAUAAUACUCGAAGGUCAGUGAACAAGACGAUCUUAACCUACACUGAUCAGUUCUAUGAUCGAGGAAGGUUUAAUUAUAGUCGAUAUGAAAAUGAAUUAAUGGAAUGGAGAAAACUGACAACAUCGUUACAUCAACAUCUUUGUCUACCGAAAUGCAAUAUCGUGUUUUUAAAAACACAUAAAAGUGGAAGCAGUACCAUACAGAAUAUUCUACUCCGGUUUGCAGAGAAAAAUAAUUUAACAAUCGCAUUGCCACCCAAGAAGAUGUAUCAGUUGGGAUAUCCCAGGUUGUUCCAAAGAGAAUAUGUUAUAGACGUCCCAUGGAAAGAAUAUAAUAUAUUGACUCACCAUACACGAUUUGAUUUACACGGUACG